AUGCAGUUUUUGUUGUUUGUUAUCUUUGCACUCUGCUGGGUGAUUGGGGCAAUUGCGGGUGAUGCACAAAGUGUUGUGGAUAGCAAAAAGUAUGUGCCACGCUACACACUCCUGGCCGAGAGCAAGAAACAGGACCAGGACUCGAAUGCUGCGGCUGUUGCCAGUGAGCAACUGCAACCCUGGCGUCGUUUAGCCUUCACCGGCUUUGGCGGUCCACAAAGUGGAUGGCCUGCCUCGGGGCUGUCCGCGUCGCCGACGGCUCUUCUUGGACCAGGCAUGCUGCUCUUGGGCGUCAAUUUGGGGGCUCUGCUGUACAUGCUGCUGGCGCUGCUGGGUCUGGCGCCGCCGCAGCGUCUUGGAGGCGUCUUUAAUUCCGGCGACAUUUAUCGAAACGAUAGACAACAGUUGGGUGCUGGCAAGGAGACGGAUAUGUAUUUUUAG